AUGUUGAUAGUAUUCAAUCAGUAUAGUGCAAGCGUUAGCAUAACAGAGAAAACCAUUACAAAAACAUAUUUGAUUGAUAAAGUAUUGAAAUUGUUAACAAAAUGGGAUCAUAGCACAAAUUUAAAUAUAAACAUUAAAUUUUCUGCUUUGCUAAGUGAAUUCCUCAUCAAACAAAAUGAACGGUAUUUUGAAUCAACUCGAUAUGAACAACAAGUAUUUUAUCAAAUUUUGCAAAAGUUAAAUCAUAUCAUACAGCGUAAAGGAAAUGAACCAGACUUCACUGAAACGCAUAAGAAGAUUUUAGAGAAUAUUUUCCAAAAGAAUGUAUUACUUACGCCACCUCAGUUAAAAGAGCAUUACAUCAUUACCGAUUUAGAGUAUAGGUCCUUAAUAAAACAUUAUGACAAAUUAAUAACAGUCGGUUAUCCCAAUGACACGAUGUCAGAUCAAUGCUUGGCUCAUAUAGUUACACUAAAUGACGAUUGCAAAUUAUCAGACGAAUGCUUGAGUAUAAUUACGAGUGACUUACCUACAUAUGGCUAUCGGAGAGUACAUCAAAUAUUAAUACUUUACGUGUUUUUGCAUCAUAUGUGUUCAAAUAUAAGUGCCGCACCGUUAGCUUAUGAAAUCUUGGCCAGUCAACAAUGCACACAAGUCCAGAGAGAACAAAACGUUUUACAUCAUCUCGGCUUACCCGACACUUAUCGAGAUUUAUAUUUAGAGCAACUUGUUGUUUGCGGCCUAUUCGGUUAUGUGGAAUUCAUUAAUUGGCACAACGUUGUAAGUGUUUCAAAUUGGCCGCAAGAGGAUGAAUGCCUAUGCCUGUUUGUCGAUGGUGAACGUCUGAUUGACUGCAAUUGCAAUAAUCAUAUAAAUAGUUUAUUAUUGGUUUAUUAUAUUAAUGCAGUAUUAAUGUUGAAUUAA